GUAAAAACGGCUAAAUAGUCCUGCAAGCAAGCAAGCACAUGGUCAGCCAUUGCUGAGUGACUUUGACUACAGACAUCAAAAAUAUAACGAUGGGAGAAAUGGGAGAUCCAGUCCAGCUGAAAGAAGAAGGCAACAAGCACUUCCAGGCAGGAGAGAUUGACAAAGCAAUUGAGUUCUACACAAAAGCCAUCAAAGUCUGCAAGGAGAAAAAUGCGCAGGCCGUCAUCUACAGAAACCGAGCUGCCUGUUUCCUAAAGAAGGAAAACUAUUCCAACGCUGCUUCAGAUGCCACCAAAGCCAUAGACGUGGAUGCUUCUGACAUCAAAGCUCUGUUCAGAAGAUGUCAAGCAUUAGAGAAACUGGGGAAACUGGACAUGGCCUUUAAGGAUGUCCAGAGAUGUUCAACACUGGAACCUAAAAACAAGACUUUUCUGGAGACUCUCAGGAGACUUGGAGCACAGAUCCAACAAAAGUUGAAGACCACCUUCUCAACAGACUCCAGAGUGCAGAAUAUGUUUGAUAUCUUGCUAAGUGAUGAAACAGAUAAAGAUAAGAAAGAAAAGGCAGCUAACAACCUGAUUGUCCUGGCUCGAGAUGAUGCCGGCUGUGAGAGAAUCUUCCAGAACAACGGAGUGGCUCUGCUCAUGCAGCUCAUUGAGUCUGGGAAUGUUGAGAUGAUCCUGGCUGCCAUACGGACCUUGUCUGGAAUGUGUACAGGCCACCGAGCGAGGGCCACUGCCAUCAUCCACACGGUAGGAAUUGACAAGCUGUGUAGUAUUAUGGCCAUGGACAAUGAGGAGAUUGCUCUGGCAACCUGCAACCUAUUCCAGUCCAUCUAUGACUCCCUGUCUGGGGCAGACAACAGAGUUUAUGGCAAAGAGGAGGCCCUUGUCCUUGACUCAAGCAAAGACUUGAAGACUAUACUGCUGAAACUGCUGGACAUGCUGGUCAGUAAGAAGGUGUCAGGACAUGGACGAGACCAGGCUCUUAACCUGCUUAGUAAAACUGUGCCCAGAAAAGACAAGAAAAAUCAUGAUCACUCCAAGAGCUUAUUUACGAUUGAUCACGGCCUGAAGAAGAUUCUGAAGGUGUGCGGUCAGGUACCCGAGCUGCCCGACCAAUUGCCCAUGACUGAGAAUACGCAGCUUAUUGCCAGCGUGCUUCUUAACAAGCUUUAUGAUGACCUUCGAUGCGAUCCUGAAAGGGACAACUUCAGAGACAUCUGUGAUGAAUACAUCAAGGGCAAAUUUGAUCCCAACGACAUGGACAAAAACAUCCAUGCUAUGAAUGCUUUAUCAGGCUUGUUGCAGGGGCCCUUUGAAGUAGGAAAUAUUCUUGUGGGCCAUCAAGGAGUAAUGGAAAUGAUGGUUGCUCUGUGUGGUUCUGAGAGAGAAGUGGAUCAGCUUGUGGCCAUAGAAGCUCUCAUUCAUGCAUCCACCAAAAUGAGUAGAGCUUCGUUCAUCAUCACCAAUGGGGUGUCUUUGCUUAAAGACAUCUACAAGAAGACCAAAAAUGAGAGGAUCAAGAUUAGAGCACUUGUGGGUUUGUGUAAACUGGGCUCAGCCGGAGGUGAUGAUUAUAGCAUGAGACAGUUUGCUGAGGGCUCCACUGAAAAACUGGCCAAGCAGUGCAGAAAAUGGCUGUGCAACCCGACUCUUGACGUUCGCACCCGCAAAUGGGCGAUCGAGGGUUUAGCGUACCUGACCAAUGAUGCUGAUGUUAAAGAUGACUUUGUUGAGGAUGAACCAGCCAUGAGAGCCAUGUUUGAGCUUGCCAAGUCCAAAGAUAAAACCAUCCUGUAUUCCGUCGCCUGUACACUGGUGAACUGCACCAACAGCUAUGAGAAGAAAGAGAUCAUCCCAGAGUUGGUGCAGUUGGCCAAAUUCUCAAAGCAGCAUGUCCCUGAGCAGCACCCAAAGGACAAGAAGGAUUUUAUUGACAAAAGAGUAAAAAAGCUUUUGAAAGCUGGAGUGAUAUCAGCACUUGCAGUCAUGGUCAGAGCAGACAGUUCCAUUCUGACUGAUCAAACCAAGGAAAUGCUUUCAAGGGUAUUCCUUGCUUUGGCUGACGAUCCAAAAGAUCGUGGAUUGAUUGUCGCCCACGGUGGCGGAAAGGCUCUGAUUCCUUUGGCCCUAGAGGGAACAGACACUGGAAAAAUAAAGGCCUCUCAUGCAUUGGCUAAAAUUGCAGCUGUCUCCAACCCUGAAAUUGCCUUCCCUGGUGAGAGGAUAUAUGAAGUUGUGCGACCACUGGUGUCCCUACUGAACACAGAAAGAGACGGCAUUCAGAACUAUGAGUCGUUAGUGAGUCUCACUAAUUUGGCUGCAUUAAACGAGAAACUUCGAGUGAAAAUCCUGAAAGAGAAGGCCCUUUCAGAGAUUGAGAACUAUAUGUUUGAGGAGCAUGACCAGAUCAGACAGGCCGCUACAGAGUGCAUGUGCAACCUUGUGAGCUGUAAAGAGGUUCAGCAGAGGUAUCUUGAAGAUGGUAAUGACAAGCUCAAGCUGCUCAUACUGCUUUGUGGUGAGGAUGAUGAAAAGCUACAGAUAGCAGCAGCUGGUGGAUUGGCAAUGAUCACAGCAGCUGAGAAAAAGCUGUGUGUCAAGAUGACCAAAGUGACUAGUCAGUGGCUUGAGAUCCUUCAGAGGCUGUGCAUCCAUGACAAUCCUCAAAUCCAGCAUCGUGGUAUGGUGAUCAUCUUCAACAUGCUGGAAGCUGAUGCAGAUUUGGCUAAGAAGCUGAUGGAGUCUGAGAUAUUGGAGAUCCUUACCUACUAUAGCAAAAUGGAAGACAAUCCCAAGAACCAGGAGGGAAUUGAUGUAGCACGUGCAUGCCUGUCCAAAACCAUGGAUCUUGGACUUAUCAAGCCAUUCACACAAUAAGACAGAAAGAAUACUGAUUUGUAAUUAUUAUUAGUUUCAGAAAGUGUGACUGUGAGCAGUGAUGUGUAUAGGUUUUUAGACAUGGGGUGGCAAAGAGGAAGGCAGGGAAAAAAUGCACUAAACCUGUGUGAUUAUAGCAGCCAUUUAAGAGUACUACUUGUUACAAUGCAGGAAACAAUCCUAAUAAAUCCUUGGAUCAGUUUAAUAGCAGAUUGUUUGAUAAUGUCUCUAUUUGACAAUAUCAUGUGUUCUCCAUGUCAGAUUAUUUGAUGACGAUCCUCUAAUAGAUAUUUGCACAAUAUCUGAUUUCUUCCUUAGUUAGUCAUAUAUCAUUACUGUAGUGGCUUCAUAGUCACUUUAUACUGUAUUUAGUCCAUAAGGCAUUUGGCUUUCAAUGUUACCAAAGAUAUUAUUGUAGAUACAGUAAAAGUCUGCAUUAAUUGAGUAAUAGGCGUUUCGGGUUGGAGUUGGACCUAUUUCUACAGUAGCUCUGCUUUCUGGGAAAGUGGAAGUGUAAGGAAGCUCUGACAGAAAACAUUGUCUGCAAUGCAUUAUGUUUUAGGUUUGUUUGUGUUCACUGUUUUAACUUUCAAUUGAUUUUUUUAAGUCACAACAUUUUAUGCAUUUGACAUGUUUACUUGAA